AUGCCUGAACAAGGAAGGUGUACUCUCCGUGACCACACCUCCUCAAACAGACUCAUUGAUAAUGCAGCUGCACAGUCUGCUGCCAGGCAGUCAUCAAAACCAAAAGGCUUCUGUGUGCGGAGGAUGGACCAGAAAGUGAAACAUUUUUCAAGGCGGCAGUGGGGAGCGGCAGCCCCUCGACAAAAGGAGACUUUGAAGGGCCCUGCCCAGAGAGUUGUCAUACAUCACACUGCCCUCUCAAAGUGCACAGGCCUGAAGGAGUGUACACACGGCCUUCUCAACAUCCAGAGACUGCAUAUGACGGAAAGAGGGUUCGAUGACAUUGGAUAUAAUUUUCUUGUUGGAGGAGAUGGUACAGUGUAUGAGGGCCGUGGCUGGGGUGUGGUAGGAGCACACAGCAAAGGCAACAAUCAUGACUCAGUGGGGAUUGCCUUCAUGGGCAACUUCAACAAUGACACGCCAAGCACAGAGGCAUUAUCGUCCGUCAAACAGCUGCUGCAGGCCGGAGUUUCUGAGGGCUUUUUACACUCAGAGUAUGUCCUGUUUGGACACAGAGAUCUGGCAAACACAGAAUGUCCAGGAGCAAAACUUUAUGCUGCACUGCCACAACUGAGGGAAGCUCGCUGCAGAUUAUGAUAGUGAUGGUAGAACAUUAUUUCACUACCUGUAAUUGUUGUUGUUUUUUUAUUAUGGGUCUCCUCUUAACUUAGGAAGGUUUGUGUUGUAACAGGUCCUGAAGAGGUCCUAUCGGUUUCACAGCCUGUUAGAUGUUUCUCUUACAGCAGGGGGAGCCAUCAUAUUGGAUAAAACCAAUAGGCUCUCCAGAACGGUGCCUGAUUUAGAAACUCAAGAAUCAGUGCACUUCAAUCCAUAGUGCUGACAGAUUGUCACGGUAACUCUUAUAUUUUAUUUUGAUUAUUUGACUACAUUGAUUCCAAUGUGUAAUGUACUUUUUAUUUAAUUGAGUCGAAGUGCAAUAUGAAUAUUAUGGGCACUACAUUUUACUUCUGAAUACUUUAUUACUGGGGUUGUGGUGUAAGAUACCCUUCAGGUUAAUUUAACCUGUUCUAAUGCUGUGCUAGCAUAACCACUUAAAUACCAAAUAUCUGCAAUAUUGUGACUUUUUGAUUGAUUUUUUUAUUAUGUGAGGCAUUCUCUUUUAGUUUUUACCUCUCAUACAGAGGACCAGGUUGGCCACAGAGUAGCAGGAGUCCUCCAAGCACAAUGAAUUUAAAUAAUGGUCAAAUACACUAUAAGCCUUUAUACUAAUUGUCUUUACAGAGGCCGAGUUUUCACGUAAAUGUCUUCAGGGUGCCACUGCAAAUUCAUUGUAAACAACACAAGACAUGAAAUCAGAUGUUGAACAGAGGAAAAGAUCCAAGGGGAUUACGAGUGUUGAGACAACAAUGCAUGCUUUCUGCAGUGCCUGAAACAUUCCCAACAAGUGCUCACUUGUGCAGCAAAGAGAUUAUGGAGGGAGGCCCCUAUCAAAUUGACUAAGAGGAGGUAUAAUGGUAACAGAUUAUAUAUGUAGUUCCGGCCAUCAUCGUCUAAUGUCUGGUAUGUGAAUUGUAAAAAAAAAAAAAAAAAAAAA